GAACACGAGAAAAAACAACCUGUGACGAAUGCGGAAGCGUUUGUGCAUUUUGUUGAGCUGCUAAUACACUGGCGUACAAUUAAAUAAAAUGAGCGAUUCAAAAGUUAAGAAUACCAGCUCUGUUCCUAUUGAUGGAUACAGCAAUGUCCGUAUUACAUCAGUGUGGACUUUUCUGCAGUCUGUUGACUGGUCUGAGUCCUGGCUGAUGGGGCUUCUGGCGUUUCAUGUCAUUUGUUUUGCUGUGACCGUCCUGAGCCGCAAGUACUAUCGCCUUCAGAUCGGCCAGUUUCUUGUGAUGGUUGCUAUGGUUUAUACUGCAGAAUAUUUGAAUGAACUGGCAGCAAUAAAUUGGAGGUCUUUUUCAAGGUUCCAAUAUUUUGAUUCGAAAGGAAUGUUCAUAUCGCUAGUUUACUCCAUCCCGCUUUUGCUCAACACAGUUAUUAUUGUGGCUAUGUGGGUAUGUAGGACGUUUUCGACUAUGGUUGAACUGAAGACUGUGCAAUUAAAUAGAAAGGCUGCCAGAGAGAAGCAAAAGAAAAGUCAAUAGAAGACAUGCAGAGAGACGGGACAUGAACCGGACACAUCCCAGUGGUGGAGGGAACAUGUGGCACUCUCAUUGAGAUUUAUACUGCUGAUGGACAAUUUCUCCACCUGCUAACAUGCACAGCGAUAAGACCUUAUCAAAGGCAAUAUUAAAGAAUGCCACGGAUUUUACUAUACAACUGCUUUUUGUGUAUAUAUGCCAUUUCAGUUAUGUUUGCAUUGAAUUUUUAAAACAUCCUUGUCUUUGACUUUGGUCAUAAUGAAUGUGGGAAUGUAAAUUGUAUAUUUAUGUCAAUAAACAAGAAUGCGUUUUUUAAGACAUUA